GAGAAAGAAAAAAAGAAAAAAAGCGCACCAACUCCGAAAUCUCCUUUAUUUUUGCUGUUUCACUUUUUCCUUCUCUCUCCUGCAAUUUCAUCCAGACGCUCUUCCCCCUUUAUCUUUGUUCUUCCUCCCUUUCUUUGCAAACCCAAUUCAAUAUCAAUCUUUUUAAUUUGGUGGUUUUUUUUUUUUUUUUACGGCCGAAGUGACUGAAACUUUUGGUCAUUGCUUCCAUCUUCUUCUAUGGCCACUCAAACAGCUUCCUCUUCCUCUUUUUUUCCGAAAUACGACGCGUUCCUUAGUUUUUGCGGUGUUGACACCCGCCAUAAUUUUACAGACCAUCUCUACGUUGGUUUGAAACAAAGAGGUAUUUUCACCUUCAGAGAUGAUAAGAAUCUUGAGCGGGGAAAGUAUAUUUCUCAAGAGCUCUUAAAAGCAAUAGAAGAGUCCAGAUUUGCAAUCGUCAUUCUCUCCGAAAACUACGUUUAUUCAAGGUGGUGCAUGAUUGAACUAGUAAAGAUUGUUGAACGCAAGAAAGAGGGGAAGUUGACAAUUGUGCCAGUCUUUUACGGUGUGGAUCCCUCUGAUGUACGGAAUUGUAGAUUUAAUUUUGAUGUACGGAACCAGAUGGGUACUAUUGUUAACAUAGAGGACGUGCAAGCAUGGAAAGCUGCUUUGAAAGUAGUCGGCAAUAUCGCCGGAUGGCAUAUACAAAAUGGGAGUGAAGCAAUCGUUGUUCAAGAAAUCUGUGGACAGAUAUUUUCAGAGCUUCAAUUCUCAUGUAAUAUAUCCAAGGAGCUUGUUGGAAUAGAAUCCCGUGUGAGUGAAAUGUUGAAUAACUUGAAUUUAUAUUUAGAUAAAAGUUCGGAUGGUGUUCUCUUUGUAGGAAUUUGUGGGAUGGGUGGAAUCGGUAAAACGACUCUUGCACUAGAAAUUUAUGAAAGAAUAUCAGGUAGCUUUGAAGCUAGCAGCUAUAUUGCUGAUGUAAGAGAAAAAACUAAAAAUCAACAUCUAGUUUCUUUACAAGAACAACUUCUUUCUAACAUCCUUAUGGGAAGUGAAAUAAAGAUAUGGAAUGUUCAUGAGGGGAAAAAAAUAAUAGGGAAUAGACUACGUGGUAAGAAGGUUCUUAUUGUUCUUGAUGAUGUUGAUGGAGAAAAACAAUUAGAAGCAUUAGCGGGGAACCAUAAUUGGUUUGGUCCAGGGAGUAGAAUCAUUGUAACAAGUAGAGAUAGCCAUUUGUUGAGAAGAUGUCGUGUGCAUUACAUAUAUGCAGCAAAGGGGUUGGAUAAAGAUGAAGCUUUGCAACUCUUUAGUUUGAGAGCUUUCAAGAAACCCCAUCCUGAAGAAAAUUAUGUGGAUUUUUCUAUGUGUUUUGUGAAUUACACUAAUGGCCUUCCUUUAGCUCUUAAAGUUUUAGGUUCUUUGUUGUUUAAAAAAAGCACAGAUGAAUGGAAAUGUGUCAUUGAUAAACUAAAGGCAGAACCUAAUAAAGAAAUUUUGGAUAUUCUUCAAAUAAGUUUUGAUGGGUUAAUGGAUACCGAAAAGGAAUUAUUUUUAGAUAUUGCAUGUUUUUUCAAAGGAGAGAACAAAGGUUGCAUAAGAGAUAUAUUACAAAGUUUUGGUUACCAUCCAGACUACAAUAUUGGUGUUCUUGAGGAUAAAUCUCUCAUAACAAUUAAUGAAAAUGGAACUUUGUUGAUGCAUGAUUUGCUACAAGAAAUGGGUCAAGCAAUAGUUCGUCGUGGAUCCCCAAAAGAGGCUGGUGGACGUACUAGGUUAUGGCUUUAUGAGGAUAUCCUUCAUGUAUUGAAGAAUAAUACUGGAACAGAGGUAGUUGAAGGCAUAAUCCUAAACAUACCUAUUCAAAAAGAGGAGCUUUUGGAUGCUGGAGUCUUCUCAAAGAUGAAAAAAAUGAGAUUGCUUAAAAUGGGUGAUAUGGGUAAAGUGAAACUUCCACAAGGCCUUGAUUAUCUUUCUAAUGAGUUACGCAUUAUAGAAUGGCAUGGAUAUCCUUUAAGUUCCAUGCCGGCCAAUUUCCAACCAAAAAAGCUUGUUGAAUUGAGAAUGCAUUGCAGCGGCAUCAAACGACUAUGGAAUGGAAUUAUGAAUUUAGAUGAGUUAAAACUCAUUGACUUGCGUAACUCUCAAAACUUGAUUGAGACCCCAAAUCUAAGUGGAGUCCCAAAGCUUAAGCAAUUGAUUCUUCAAGGUUGUACAGGACUGUCUAAGAUUCAUCCAUCUCUUGAAAAUCUCAAACAGCUUGUUCAAUUAGAUCUGAAUGGUUGCAAGAACCUUGAAAGCCUUCCACACAAGAUCAACUUGGAAUCUCUUGAGGUUUUUAUUCUUUCUGGAUGUUCAAAAUUGAAGAAGUUUCCAGAGGUUGUGGGAAAUAUGUCAUGUUUGUUUGAACUUUAUUUAAAUGAGACCGCUAUAAAAGAUCUACCAUUAUCAGUGGACCUUUUAACUGGCCUUAUUAAAUUGGAUCUAAGAAACUGCAAAAACCUUUCAAGUCUUCCGAAUGCUUGUUAUAGUUCAAUGUCUCUAAAAAUUCUCACUUUAUCUGGCUGCUCAAAGGUUGAUGCACUACCAGAGAACUUGGGGAAUCUCGAAGGCUUGGAGGAGUUAGAUGUGAGUGGAACUGCAAUAAAAUACCUACCUACAUCUCAUCUUAGAAAUCUCAGAGUACUGUCUCUUCGUGGAUGUAAAGGGCUAUCACCUAAACCUUCGAAUAAACUCUUCAGUUUUCUUUCAAUGCAACAGAGAAGAAGUCCAGAUCCCACUGUCAUGUUAGAGUUUUCUUUAUCAGGCUUAUGGUCUUUGACUGAACUAGAUCUAAGUUAUUGCAAUCUUCAAGCAAUUCCCAAUGCUCUUGACUGCUUGUUGUCUUUAUUGAAAUUAAAUCUAGAGGGAAAUAAUUUUGUUUCGCUUCCUAAAAGUAUGAUUCAAUUAUCUAAUCUACAAGAUCUAUUUCUGAGUUGUUGCACGAAUCUUCAAUCAUUGUGUGAGCUUCCAUUAAACAUUAAGUAUAUCGAUGCAACACAGUGUACCUCGCUAGAAACAUUAUCAUCAGAAUCAAAAUAUGAUUUUCAGCCAUCACUUCGGCUUUUCAAUUGCGUCAAAUUGAUUGAGAAUCAAGGCUACAGUAAUAUGUUACUAACAAUUCUAAGACGUCAUUUCAUUAACCAAAAGCAUUACUGUGGGCAAGAAAGAUUGGCACAUUAUAUUGACAUUCCUGGAGGUGAAAUUCCGAACUGGUUUUGCCACCGAAAUGUGGGAGCUUCAGUAAGUCUGCAAAUGCCUUCAGGUUAUUGUAACAAGUUGAUGGGAAUUGCUGCGUGUGUUGUUUUUGUACUCCGCCAACAUAAUCCAUUAGACCAACUUGAGUUUAAAGAUUGGGGACUUCAUAGAUUUACACAUGAGCUCUCAUGUUCCAUUGAAUCCAAAAAAAAUCAAAUUGACGUAGUGACCCAUGGUUUUUCUGAAAAAUUUGGUAAGAUUGAACCGCAUCACCUUUGGCUGCAAUAUUUUCCCUCUCAAUUCUUUAGAAAGGACUGGAAAGACGUGUUGAGUAACAGGUUUGCUAAUGGAUUCAGUGAUAUUGAGAUUAAAUUUAAAGCCUGGGGUCCAGGAUUGGAGGUUACAAAAUGCGGGGCCCAUUUGGUAUUCAAGCAAGACGUUGAAGAUCUCAAACAAACUAUUUUUGGGUCUAGCAGAAGCUGCAGCAUUACUCCUUAUGAGGAUGAUUUAGACGUUUCAGCCAGAGAUGCCAUAAUUAAGGAAAGCCAUGACAACUAUGAUGGGGAAGGGUCUGGACCUAGUGGAGAAGGUACCUCUAAUGAUGUAGACGCACCACACCAAAAGUGGAUACAGCAUCCAAAUGGGCCCAAUCUAAUUGAAAAUUGGAUUGGGAAUUUCAAUUAGUGCACACAGUGACAAGGUAACUCGGAUAAAGAGGCCAUGCAAUGCCAAUGGCAGAGAUGAUCAUCCUACUGCCAAUAGCACGGGGUUUGGUGCUACUACUACUACCACCACCGCUGUCUUUGGGUGUCUGGACUUUAUGCUGAUGAUGAUGACGGAGUGGAGCUGGGUUCAGCAACUCAAAAACUGAAAGAUUCCAGAAAGAUCACCAGAAAUACCAGUUGGAGCUAAGCCAGAAAGCUUUGGAGAGAAUAUAAUUGUAUAUUUGGGAAAAGGUUGUGGGAGGACCCACAUUGCUGUACUGUUUAUACACGAGCUGGGUCGCUUGAAAAGGAAGCCCCAAAAGAACAUAUGUGUCUUUUUUGUCCCUACAGUGGUUCUGUUUCUGCUGGGAGGAAUGAUGGGUGUAGUAGUUUUGGUGUCACUACAAAGAAAGUCAUUGGAUCCAUAGGAGGUUUCAAUAGUCAGCGACUAGCCAGGAUGGAUUGUGCAGAAACGUGGACUCCUGUCUUGUAAAAAAACAAGAUGGACAACAGAUUUGGCAAAUUCAAUCCACUGAUUGCACGACAGGACAUUCUCAUGGACUUGGCUAUGUGACAUUUAUAUAUCUUCUAAUUAAAUGAUCUGAUAUUCAUGCUGUCAGAAAGUGCUUGCAGCUCAAUAUACCCUUAGUGGAAGUACACUUGAGGUUAAAGUUGUUACCCCAAAGUAAAGUUCUGUUCCUAGCUUCCUAUGUUAAAAGAAUUGUUCUCUUUAUGUUGGUGGAUAUACAAUUUUUUGGAUUUACAGCUUUCUGUUCCCAUUUUCUUGUGAUUUAAUUGUAUAAAGGAAAAAAAGACUACAAAUAGACUGGCUAUAAAUUUGGAUGAUUAGGCAUGUCCGUAUUUACAGAUGAUGGAUUUGUUAUCUAUCUUUACUCCUUAGUCAUCAAAAUGAGAUUAAUAAUAUCUGUUUAAGUUUUGCCC